UCUCCAUCUGUCUGCAAAACCUUCUCAGGGAAAGGCCUCAGCCGCUGUCACUCCUCAUUUCAUCCAGAGCUUUCCAGCGCAGGAUGCCAGGUGUUUGCUUUACAACAUGGCAGGCUGGAGGAGCAGGCACGUUGCAUUUGAGGGGUAUAUAAAGACAGGGAAUGAGCCCCUUGCCCAGGAAAGCAGUUAUUGUUGAGGCAGCCUGGUUGGCUCGUAAUGGCAGGGUUUCUUUCUGUCAAGCAUCUGGUGCUGCCCGCUGCCAGAGCCAUACCGCUGGAACAGAUGGGGAAAAGGCCUGGUCCAGCCCAGCAGACCCUGUGCUGGGGCUUCCCCCAGACCUGUAGGGCAAGUGUAUUUUCUGGGCACAACAUCGUGUGAGCAGAAGGGUCACGAGCACAGCAGGUCCCUCAAGGGGAAGCUUGUUGUCUUGCUCCAUAGGCCUCGAAUCUGGAGCUCUCUUGAAGUCAUCUCCUCUCCGGUGCAGCUGGGACAUGAGGUUAAACCCUCCCUCCGCCUAUCGCCGGGCCUCUAAUUCUCCAGCUCCUUUACAAAUUCCAGCUGCUCAUGUUAGUCCACGAGCCGGUGCCUGGGCCAGACACCGGGAUAAAGAUUACAGGGUGUGGCUCACAGUGAUCUCUGCAUCCUUCUCUAGAUACUCGCACAUGCAUGUGCACACCUACUCCUGCUACAGCCUCACAAGACUUCACAGUCUUUAAGGAAUAUAUCUUCCUGCACCCUUAAUAGGAACUCCAGGCCUCCAGGGUGCUGAGCUGCUUGCCCACAGUCAUGCCGGCUAUGUCUAAACCAUACGCUUACCCUGCCCAGGACUCUCAGACACGUCGGGUGGCUCUGUGCAUGCUACCCUCUCCAGCCAGCGGCAACACGGCUGCAUCCAUGCGGUGCAGGGACUGGGCUGGCUCUGUCACUCAGCAGUGCUACAUAGCCUGGCGACCCAAGAACACGGCUACACUACUUCCAGCUGAGAGGAGGGCUAGUGUGUGCCAGAGGAGCCCAGCCUGUUCAAGGGCACUGCUGUGGGAGGCCUGACUCUGCCCGCAUAGAUCUGGGCAGCUAAACCCCAUUCUCCUGGGUCCCAGUUCAGUACCUUUUAACCAUAAUUCCUCUCCCUCCUAAUUCCUGUGCAAUAAUUUUAAUCCUAGGAGCCCCCAUCCCUACUUCCGCAGGGAAUCUUUCCUGCAUAGUGCAGCGUUAUUCCCCACAUGUCUAGACGAGUGAUUUUAGAUUAGACAGGGAAGACCUCCCUCCCCAAACAGUGACCCCGCAGGCCCCUAAAUCUCUUGUGUAGACAGCACUUGCUCAGCAGGCAGCCUAAACCUGAUCCACGUCUUAAAAGCAAACACUGCUCUACACAGCUCAUGAUCAGUGGCCCAUGGAAUUCACCGGCUCAGACAUAACCAGCAGGGAUUUUUAAAGGGGCUAGAAAAUGUUAUGAGCAGUGAUGACAUGAGGUGAGCUUCUCAGGGGAGUGUUUGAAUACAAGACAAGGUAUUUUCUUGCAUUGUACACCUAUCCAGACAGGCUGUUUGGGGAAGGGGCCUUUCGAAGCCAGGGCUAUAAGCAGGAUACCAAAUGAGAUGGCUCAAAGGUCUGAUUCAGCAGAGCGAACAUCCUGUAUCGCUAAUAACUCUAGGGAUUCGUGUGCUUUCCAGCAGGGCUCCGGCUGUCCUCAUGUCCUAUUCUGGGCUAAGCCAUUUAUCAGACUGGGCUUUGAUAAAAGAUUCUGCAAUGAAAAUGAAUUGAUGCUCCUUUCCCAAUGCUUGGUUGCUUACUGUUACGCUAACCCAGAACUUUGUGAUUUGCUCUGGAUGUGCACACUCUUCCCCAGUGAGCUGCAACCCUUACUAGCAGGAUAUGAUGCCAGCGUCUCAAGUCUGCGACUACUGCACAUUGGGAUGUAGUGGGGCAGGCAGGGUGGCGGUGCCUGCAUUGGGAGGGGACUGACUUGGUCUCCUGGCAGAGGUCAUAGGCAAGAUCUCUCAGCAGCAGAGGAGGAGCAUGUGCCAAGGUGACACUGCUUUGAGCCCCAUCUCGCACCUCCUUGGUGUCCUAAUCUGUUCUGCAGGGUGAAGAUUGAAUGCAAUGCAGUGAAUCUUCUUGGACCCUUGGCAACACCCAGAGGAGUCCCAUGUACAGUAGAGCAAAGUGACUGGUGUCACUUCCCCAGAUCCUGGGUGGGAUAGAGGUUGCCCCUACCCUGAGCAUCUCUCUAGUGCAUGUGUUGAUAAUGGAGUCAAAAGAAAGUCUGAGCUCCUGGCUGCUGUUCCCACAUCAUCCCUCACUUCCCUGUUUGAUCUGGGUCAGCUCAUCUUCCUUCUCCAUGCUUUGGUUUUACCCCUCUACAAAGUGAAGGUGUUACAAGAACUGAUGUCUGGAAAUGUCUUGAAGAUUUUCAGCUGAAAGCCGUCAUGGCAGGGCAGGGCAGGGCAGGUAUGCAUUUAUAUGCAGCUCUCUCUAUAGUGAAGAGGAAGUACAUGACCUAGAGGACAAGUGGGGCAAGACACUGGCAGGCCCUCAUGUAUCUGCAGGACUGUCUUGUUGCCCUCUUGGGACCUCAUGCUUUUGGACAGAAAUUUGCUUUCAACCUCAUCCUUCGGCAGAUACUUUGCUUUAAUAAUUCACCCAGUUUGUCUGUGAAGUUUAGUAAUGCCAACAGGCUGUCACUGGGCCUCAGGCUCUGCUGUGUCUCUGCUGUUACGGACCCACAGGUGUGUUGUGUUUGUUCCUUCUCUACCUGGAGGAAGACCACGAUUGCUCCAAUUGGCACUGGCCGGAGCUGUUCGCUCAAAGGUUUUGCAGCGGCACAGAUGUGAGCAUGCUGUGAUCACAAGCACGUGCAUGUAAGUACACUUAGUUCAUGGACUCACACACUGUAAAUAUAACAUAUCAGCAUCCAUGCAUCCUGUGAGGUGCCUGGCUUGGAUUUACGCAGGUGUUUCAACAGGCAUGCAUGCUGCAACAUGUCCCACAGGUUGAGCUCAUGUGAACUAUCAUGGCAAUAUGUGGCUGCCCGCAUUGGGGCUUGUCUUUCUCUCCUGCUCUGCACUUCUCCCUCCCUUCUGGGUGCCUUGUCCCAUCUCUCAACUGAUAAAGGGUUUUUUAAAACUGCUAAUGGCUUUUCUCUGAUGAGAAGAAAAUUCUGCCGUCGUUGGGAGUUUGCAUCUUUAAGCAAUUUGCCAGCUGCUGCACCACAGGCCUCUGUUUGCAGCCAAACUAAUACAGAGUGAGCAAGGCCUCUUCAGAGAGUGUCAACCUCAAGGUUUAAGGUAUUCGUGUGCUGAGGGAAAACAAGUGUUUCAGCUCUCUGGUUAGUGAUGGAAGAAUUUGCCCUGAUUGAUUCCUAGUUAUGAAGUGGGUGUUUGCAGGCCUGGGACCCUCUCCAGGUACCUCCCACAUGGGUCACGCUGUGCUUUGCAGGCCCGUAGUAUAGGAGAGUGGCUCCCCAUCAUUUGGUUUGCCAUCGCUCCUCACAUGACCUGGUGCUGCUGAGGCAUGGGACAUGGGCUCCUGCCCAGGGAUGCUUUCCAAGAAAAUGCCAAGGAAAGAAGGCUUCAAAUAAGGCAGGUCUCAGUGUGUUACCCUGGCAGACACUGAAACUCUGCUCCCCAGGCAGCUCUUGGGAUGGCAGGUCUUUACCUGGGGUGGCAAGAGCAGAAGUGAAGGUGCUGGAGGUGUUAGUCCCAGCUAGGUCCCGUGCACAGCUCUGCAAGGGCUGCCUUGCAGAACGGGUUUGGUGGCCAGGCAGGCAGGCCCAGUGCUCGCUUACACAUGGUUGGUUACCCUGUCGGUGGGACUCUUGGCAGAAGGUCUCUGAGCUGCCGUGUGUAUUAGAACAGCUGUGGGUCAUGGUCAAUGGGAUGGGAUCAGGUGGUCACUGCUGGCUCAUGGUCAGCUUUUCCGCUGGUCAGCAGUGUUACUCACUUGUUGUAGAGCGGUACAUCGAGGCACGCCAUCCCUGCACUGAGGAACUUGCUGUAAGGUGGCGGGACAGACAGAGGAUCUGUCAUGCUCUCCAUUUUGGCAACAAAGGAGAGGGCCUUGUCUAAUGCCAAAGCUGUAGCAGAGCUCAGACCUGGGUCCAAGUCCUGACCCAGUGCCUUGAGAGCAAGGAGCAGGGGCUGCCAGUGUCCAGGCCCUGUCUGCAGCCCAGCUGAGCUUGGCACCCAGGAACCCAAAGCACAAGUGCUUUGUAAAUGUUGAAAAGGCCCCACACCCUCCAGCCUCCGAAAAUGGUAUUCACUGCCCAGACAUGGAUUGGGAACCUUCUCCUUGCAGCCCUGAGCGGUUACAGGGCAGUGGGGUGCAGCUACAGGGCCCCCUUCUCAUUCAGUCCCUUGGAAGAUCCCUUCCCUGUUGCCCUCAUGUCCUCCCCGCCACAAAGGGACACCUCCAGCUCUCUGCUAAUGGGAGCCCAGCCUCUCCCCCACAUGCUCUCACUCGUAGGGUCUCAUAGGGGUGAGACCCUUUUAACACCUCCCACCUGAGCAUCAGGUCAAGUUCAGCUUCCUUCAGGGUAGACAGCUACUACGUAUAGGGAAAGGAGGCACAGUUAACCCAGCAGUGAGGAAUUGAACCCAGAAAUCCUGGCUUCUGUUCCCCUGCUCCAAACACUUUCUUUCUACUGUUCAGCCACACUGUAUUUAUUGAGUCCUUGCUGGAUGAAUGGGAUCUCCAGCGUUGUGUUAUGUGGAUUGGAGCUCAGCAAAUUUGCAGGUCGUCAUGACCCCACCUGCUAUGCUAGUGAUCCAGGAGAGAUCUUCCCCAACUAGCAAUGACACAGACGCUGCAUGCUGCAGUAUGAGGGCAGUGGGAGCUGAAGAUGCCAUAUGAGUAAUACAAAGUACCCCGUCUCUCCUGCCACAGCCAUCAUAAUGGCCUCUUGCUGUCACGAGGUGUGACUCUUCACUACUGGACACCAGUUUUACACCAGUGGAGUGGGACUCAUGAUGCCUCACCAGAGUUAAAGGAAUAUAAUCCCCUCGACAUGAUGUCAGAUGCUCUGCUGGACUUCGGUUCCCGAAUGGCUCCACCAGCAGCCUUGUCUCUUCCCCAGACUCGGCACCGGAAAGGCUGAUGAGUGCUGAGCUAGGGAAAGCAAGAGCUACUUGGCUUGUUUCCCUUUGCCUUCCAACUGCUUGGAAAAAGACCAGCGAAGGAGGCUGCACUUGUAGGGGCUGGUCUGGGCUCCUGGGGAGGAGGCAUGUAGGAUUCGAGGGUGUGGGGGAACUGGCUGCCUGCUCCAGGAUUCAUCAGGUGUUCAAAGCAUUGGUCACACUCCUGGCAUUACAGUAAUGUAAUACCAGCAUCAGGCAGGGCCCAGUAGGAGGCAAAGGCAAAACUCCAUUGCAUUGCAGAGGAGAGGGAGCUCAUGUAAUUUAAUUGUGAUCACCAAUUUUCCUGCUCUGUAUCUGGAUUCACAUGAGCAGACAAGGGUGAAAGUGCUGGUGAGCACAGCCAUAAGCGUGCGUGCGUGCGGUCAUGCACGUGCAAGGGACGAUGAGCCGGCUGCAGGAGUAGCACUAGCUCAUAGCAGCACACAGCGGCCGGCUGCAGAGAAACACAAAGCGACAGCAGAGCAGGCGCCUGGGUUACCUCGCCCUGGGCCUGGCUAUAAAUACCAGCCUGGCACAGCAGCAUGCUGGUGAGGGGCUCUGGUUCCUGCUUUGCCCUCUCCUGCCCCUGCCGCUCUUCGCUAACCACCUCUGGCAGGGGAAAGGAGCCUGCACAGAUGUGUUUAGCCAUGUGCCAGUGACCCGGGCAGAGCUGGGCUAGCAACACCAGUGGUGAGUCUGCAUGGGGAGCUGCAGUGGAAACCAGCUGCCCUGGACAGAGAAGAGGGUCAAGCAGUGAAGAACGUGCUGCAAAGAGGCUUCUGCUCUGGCCAGGAGGGACAGGGCCUUUCCCUCCACCUCCUGUGGCACACGGGGGAUAGGAAGCCAGACCAGCUGUACCCAGCCACCAACACCCCCCUUCUCCUGUGCUGGUGCCGCCUGAGAGAGCAUGUGGAUGAGUCCUGACUUUAGCCUGGGCCUUCAUGCAAUGCUAGCACCCCAGGGUUUGGCUGCAUUGCGGUGCUGCUGUCCAGGAGUGAAGCCACUUCCCUCCAUGCGAGGGCUUCCACCAGGUCCCACUGUCCCUUUCUGGAGUCCAAGGGGGCAAGAGCAUCUGGUGUCCUGUGCACCUUUCUGGGCUGAAUGGCUCUCCACUCCUGUGCAGCUCUUCAACCAGGGCUGCUGUGGCUGAAGGGGAAAGGGCUUGCCCCCAGGGGCAGAGUAUGCAGUAUGUGUAGUACGUGGCUGAGUCUGCAGGUGCCUGUGUGAUGAGGCCGUUGAUAUCCACCUCUAUUGCAUUCUUCCUCAUUCUGCAGGGAGCACGUUACUUUGCACCUGCUCUGUGAUCACAGAGUGCGGGGAUCAGUGACCAAAAGCCCAUGGGAAAGGUUGGGGUUUGUGGAGUGUACAGGAACCAUAGCCAGUAGCGAGGUACAUUAACCAGAUGAUGAGGGUGCAGCUGGCUGGGGCUGUAAAUUCAUGCCCUUUACCUGAAUGAAGCCGUAAAACCCACCAAGGCUGGAGCGGAGCGGGGGUGGCACUGAGGAAAGAUAUUCUGUAAAGCUCCCUGUCUCAUCUGAGCAAGGAGCGGAGCAUCCAGGUAACAGGAACUUCACUACGGCCUGGGUUCAAAGCCUCUAUCUCACUUUUGCCCAUCAAGAGACAGAAGGUUUUUCUUCCAAAUGUUAAGAUGCCUUUAAAGGUUCUUGAGGGAUAAAUAUUGUGGUGCCCUGUGCCUCAAGGAGGUGUGAGGGACUUUUUCUGUUAACGUGGCACUUUGUUCCUGCAGUUGGCCCAGCUUGGUGACAGGGGUUGCUGGGGCUGCUGUCUUCUGGAAGAGUACAAAACCAAGGCACUGACCACUUGUGUUCACAGAGGCAUCCCUUGCAUGCAUGCAGGUGUUGGUCUGACCACCAUGGUUGAAUCCCAGGGUAGUUUCUUGCUUUCUAGCUUUAUUCCCAUUGUGCAGCUGGUGCCAGCUGGAUGCAGGACUCUUCUGCCUUCACUGUCCUAAGCGGCUGUUGCAUCCACCACCCAAGAAGGGCCUACUUCUUGACUGUGUUGUAUGAUAUAAUACUGAGCUCCAAGGCUUAUACAGCUCUGCCUGGGUAAGGGAGAGAUUAGAGCUAAGGAACUACCUUGCAGCCAGUAUUUGUCCAUUUGUUUCCUAACUGUGGAAUCUUCCCAGUCUGGCAUUUCCUUUGAUUUAUUCAUGUGGGUUUGACACACAUCUCCUUGACUGUCUUAUUGCUAUGGGCUGGAAAGUUACAGUUUCUGUGCUGUGAGUAGAUGAGAGUGCAGCAUGUCUGGGUAGGAUUUUAGGCCUGGAGCACUGGAAUGGAUGGGACACAUCUGGGCGUUAAGUGGGGCAGUGGGUGAAGGAGAGCUGUGCAGGACUGAUCCUCUUGGGGUGAUGGACCGGGUGGUGGCAGCGGGGUGCGUGACCAUUUCAGGGUGGACUUGACAAGGAGUCCACUUCUGUUUCUUCCCACCAAGAAUUCCCAACCAUCUCUGAGGCAGAGGUGAAGGUGGCAGAGCUAACUCUUGGGUUUCCUUUACAUUCCCAAACCUUUCAAACUAAAGCAAAAGCUGUCCACCCAAGGUGGCAGGGUGGAGAGCGUCAGGCAGGGACAGCUCUGCAUAAAAUGACACCUGACAACUCAGGGCUGGCAGAUUCAAGAUGUGUCACUGUUCUGGUCCCCAGUGGACUCAGUGUCUCUUCCCACCACAAUUCACGUGUGUGUGUGUGUGCGCACAUGCAUGCGUGUGUGUCGGCUGCGGGGGAUUUUUGCUGGGUGCAAGUAGCAGGGUUACCAUUACCUUUGGUGUGGGAGGAUCCAAGUUGCAUACUUGCUAUGGUCCUUUCUACAGCCUGCUGCACUUUGGUGGCUAUGAAGACCUAAGUGGCAACAGAUUUAUUACAAUAGGCUGAAGCCUUCAGCCCCCCUCCCUCCUCCAAUUUGUCUUUUAAUAAUGCUGCCAACAUUAUUUUCCAUCUCUGCCUCGUGUGCUCCAUGCUUCGCCUGGCGGUCCUUGUUGUCUCACCCAGGUCCUUUGCAUCAAGACACUCUAAUAGGAAGAGACACCGUCUGCUGCAGUUAAUAACUUAAAGCACUGGCUGAGUGGUUCCUGUUGCACAGAGAAUUGCAAACGAGGCAGCGAGUGGGAGCUGGACCUUGGAGCAGGACCCUAUUCUGGGGCAUGCACCCAAAUAGUUUGGUCGAGGUUGUGGCUCGGAUUGAGGUUGUCUUGGGUGUCCCUCUGAUACCCGUGUUUUCCCCAAAGCACUUUUCUCCUGAAGACUUCAUGGUGAUUCCCAACCUGUCAUUGACUGGAGAGAGUGGGAUGCAAACUGCAUGCUCCUGAGGCAAUGUUUGGGUGCAGCCCAGGCCUCCUGCUCCACCCUGAGGUCACUGCACCUUCCACUGGCAAAAGACAUCACUUCCAGAGCAAGGAAAGAUGCUCCUGGAGACACAAGUGACACAGGGAAGCUUAUGUCUCCAGGACACUGAAAUGACAAGGUAGUGAGCACGGAGGGACUUGAGCUGGCCAUAAAUCUGUGCGUUGUGGUCACCAGAGAUACCUCGCUGUAAUCAAGGCUGGCACUUAAAACCUCUGUUCUCCAAAGCUCCUAUCGCUUGACCACAAAGAGACAUACAUUAAUGGCCUGGGGUCCAUGAUACCCUGUCUCACACCGCCAGUCGCAGCCGGGAGUGGGCAGUGUUUCUCUCCCUGUCUGGCCGCAGCUGCCUCUGCUGCUCUGGCUCAUUAUCAAGUGAGGCAAGCAGCUUAGUAAGUUUGUCUUGUUCUUAAAGAUUAGUCAUUUAUAGGAAUAGCAUCUGCAGCGCUGACGGCUCAGAUAACAUGACAAGCACUGUCAAUUCUGCUUCAGGACAUCCGCCAAAGUAAAAAUAAACCAAAAUUGCCCCCCAGCUAGGUGAACCUCACUUAUGGAGGGACGGGUGGGAGUGACACCACUUAACUCCUGAAAUGCCAGAAGCACCAGCCUGGCCUAGUGGGCAGAGCACUGGGUCAGGAUUCUGGGCCCCCAGGUCCUGUAGCUUGGUACAUGCGAGCUGCCAAGUGUCUGCUGCAAAAGAUCUGCAGGUUUUGCUGCGGGGGUGCUGGGCACCUGUACGCACUAGCCCUCCUGCGGAGGAUGUUGUGCAGGUGCUUUUCAUCUGGGCGCCUCUGUAAGAGAGCAAGGUGGUAGCACUGGGAUCACCCAAAUGGCACUGGUCUGCUUCUUGUGCUUCCUGUGCUAGACAUGGACCUCCUCCAUCUCCCUCCCAUGCCAACUGGGAGCUCCUCCAGCCUAGUCUGCCUACUCGAGGGCUUCCCAGCCUUUCUGUGCUAUGACCAUAUGUUACUACAGCAAACAGGCUUGGGCCCCUCCCUGCUGCUUAGCUUUGCAGGGCAGGGGAGGGGUUGUGAUGUCCUGAAACCUGCUUGUGGACGCUGCUGUCCCCAGGCCAUCAUGGCCUCUAGGUCUGAACCAGCCACCUCUUCUCCUUAACUCGCAGCAGGUAGCAUGUAAGACCCCAUGCAACUGCUGAGACUGCCAUACGUUGCCUCCCUCCAGCAACUCCCUAUACGUUCCCAGGCCAGUCCUGACCUACGUGGUCUGCCUGUUCUCUUUUUUUCCCAUUCCAAGGGGAAGGCUUGUCCACAGUGGGUGGCACCAAGCUGUGAAGUGGGUAAGUGCCGGGCUUGCUUUGUUCUGCCCCAGCGUAUGGAUGCAGCUGUGAAGGAGAGGUCCCUGUGAAGGAAGGAGGAGAGGGGUUGUCUGCCCUCUCCCAGCUUUGACCCCCACCUCAGGCAAGGAAAGCCCGGCUGCCUGCCUGUCCCUGCUGUGCUAGGAUGGUGACAGCAAUAAUAAUAAUAGUGGUGUAAUUUGCCUGGUUGAUUUGAGAUGUGCCAUAAUUACUGCAUGAUUACAAUAUUCUUACAGCAGCCGUUACAAAACCCUACAGUCGCGUACAGCUCCCCGAGGGCUCCUCGCGCUCUUGCUCGCCUUGCACAACCUGCAGUGUCUGAUUGGCUCAGUUAGCAUCUCUCUGUCUGUCAGUCACUCGCCCACUCUGUCUCCAAGCCUGGCCUGGCUCCUCAAGUGCCCCGAGGCCUGUGUGACCUUUCUGCAUCGCUCCGGCAGGCUGGCCACAGCAUUGGGCUUGGCUUGCAGGUUGUGGAAACUUUGCAAGCAAAGAGGGCGUUGCCAGGCAGGAACACGGUGCAUGCGUAUGGCGAAUGGGUUUGUAUGGUGGUGCUUGGGAGCUGGCACGGGAGCCUGGAGUCCGUUUUGCUCAAUGGCUGGGCUGGCGUGCUGGGUGGUCCAUCUGUGCCGUGGCUUUGCAGCUUAGACUCAAAGUAGCUCCAUCUGAAUGAACUGCUUUGCCUCCUGGGUGCUCCAUGGGAUCUCUGCCCUAGGACAUCCCCUUCAGCUUGUCCCUCCGACCUGGUCUCUGUUAGGAGCAGAAGCUGUGGCAAGUGAUGUCCAUGACUGAGUAGCUGUCCUUCCUCUGCACUGGCAGAGAGAUGAUGCUCCUGGCACAGCAUUGGGAGAUGCCUUGAUGCUGAAGGGCCUGUGUGCAGACAGAGUGACUGGUAAGGAUCCCGUGGCCCCAGCUGCCUGAAUGGGAGGCAGAGCUUCCCUUGGGGUUGGGGUUCUGGCUGCUGACUUACCAGUCACCACAGAUGUGCUAGUGCGUAGCCAAAUCCAGCGCGAAUUUGCCAGUACAGAGUGCAUGCACCUGGGGCCAUAGUGCACUGCACAUUCAUGCCCAGGGCUACCGUGUGGCCACUGCCCCAACAUUUGCUCAUCGUGGUGCCCUGUGCAGCAUGCCACCUGCACUCUCACGUCUCUGCACUUCCCUCCUGGGCUGCUGUGCGCAGUGUUCCUGUGUGCUGCAAAGCAGGUUCCAGCUGUCAUCCUGGAAGCAGGUGCAUUUCAGUGGCAUCUGCAGCAUAUUCCACAUGCCAAAACCAGCAGUUUCCAGAAGGACCAUUAGGGGUACUUAAUGUUUUUAUUCUCCAGCCUGAAACCCAUCACAAGGACCUGAAUUUCUCUGCCAGAAGCAGCAAGCCACUGGCCUCUUGCAAAUAAGGCCUCUUUUAAGGUGUCUCAGUUUGGGCAUCCAAAGUCAUUGGGAGAAGAUCAUGGCCGAAGCGUGUAAUGCAGCCCUGCAACCCUUCGGGCUGAUGGCACUGGACAAACGCAGGCGGCUCUAACCUGCCUCAAAUCUGCUUGUCCCCCUGCCUGUCCUCUAGUCACAGAGCAGAGGGGGAAGUUUCUUCUUCUUCUAUUGCACUGCAAGGUUUCCUGCUUUUCCUCCUUUGAGCAUUAUGCUCGAAUCAGGUUAUUGAUAACUUUAAAAACAGAGCAGGAAUGUUUUAUUUUGGGGACAGUUCAAUAAUUAAAAAUAAAUGCUGACAGCUAGGAACCAGGAGCUCGCGUGCUGAGCUGGUGGGAUGGCUUCUAGCUGACGCUGGCAGCGAGGAAAGGGGUGUACGUGCGCCUGUGUGUGAUGUUCUAAUGGCUCUGAUUGAUCGCUGAGCGGGGAAAUGUGCCCUGCAGAGCUCUGGCUGCCUCUCCCAUCUACCAAGUCAAAUGGCAAGGCUGUGUAGGAGGUGAGGAAUUUCGUCUCCAGGUCUGUAACUGAGAACGUAAUGCAGAGCCAGCUGGGAGAUAAAAUUAGGCAGCGUGUUGCUCUUGGUGAAUCUCCACUCAUCUGCUGAUUCCUUUGUCGCCCCUCUGCCUUUUGGGUGGGAGGUGACCCCCUGGGAGCUUUCCCCAGUGAGGAGGGAGGGGGCUGUAGCUCCCCUUGAAAAGUGAUUCGGCAUUAGGUUUAUAAAUGUAAUUAGAAUUUGUUAAACUAAUUUGCGUAAAAUCUGGAAAAUAGCAUGAGAGUUAAGUUGCUGUUGCUUCAUUUCAGAAGGUGGAAGCCCUUCGGGUUACACACCCCAGCUAUGAAAUUCUGUCAGAGUCAAUCUUGUUCCUAUCCCAGAGCUGGUUAAAUGCUGCAAACAAAAUAUCCUCUUACAUCUGAACCAUAAUCUCACAGCUCAUUAUACAGUUUCUUCCUUGGAACUUAUUCUUGUUUGGUGGCUAAUGCUCCCCCACCUCCUACCCCUCGCAGAGAUUGCUUUAUAAAAAAAAAAAAAAAGUCAUUAAGAGAACUUUUGCAGCAGGCGUUUGACAGCUCACAUAUACUAGAAAUUACGGGUGACAAUAUUCAAGUCUCCUAGGACAUGUAAACAUAGAUCACCCUCUAAUGAGUAGUUCUAGGAGACAUUAUUUAGGACUGUUUGUACUUGAAGAACCUUCUUUCUGGGGCCUUUCCCAAGCGAACUGCCUGGGUGCUCGGGCAUGGAGACACUGUAAAAUUAGAGAAGAUAAGAAGUCUGGGAUGUCUCCUAGCCAAAAAAAAAGAGCAAAGAGAGGAGGAUACAAAAAGUACCUGGUUGUUAAGCCAUAGUCUCUGAGGAAGCAGGUUGUUGGUUAUGAAAGCUCAUGCUUCUGAACAAGUCAGUCGCUAAGGUGCCAUCCUGCGCUACCUCCUGCCUGGGUAUUAAGUGAACACUUUAGCUAUUACGGUUUCCAGGUUCUUGUGCAGUUGGAGUUGCGGUGGCUGCCAAGGAGCCAGGUAGGGAGGAUCCUUGCUGGUGGAUCUUCUUUGGGUGUCUGGAGACUGGUCAAAAGUGGGCAGUCUGUUGCAGCCUUCACUGCAUCUUCCUAAUAUGGCCAGGGUCAGGAAAUUGUGAGACAUCUGUCAUCCUGCACCUGAAAGGUGAGCUUCUCAGCCUUACCCUGCAUUGCUACAGGUUGUCAGCUUUGUUUUACUUUGCUCUACAGCAGCUACCUCCAACGUCUUUGGACAGAUCAGCUAUAUGGCCUACAUUUGGAGCCAAACAAGUUCAAAUUUGGGCUGUCUUUGGCUAGCAUCAGGUUUUGAAACAUCCUGUUUAAAUUGGUAAUUUUCAAAAAGUUCGGUAUUUGCAUGGGCCACAGACAUUGUACAUCCUCCCCUCUCCCCCAGACAAAGUAAAAAAAACCAGAAAUGUGACACCAUUUUUGUGGAAGCUGACAUGGUGAAAGAGUGAGAAGAUCUCAAAAUGACGUUGUCACCCAUUUCACAAAGUUUGAUGUGAAAUCCUAAAAAAAGAGAUGAUUGUUCGGGUUCUUUUUUUCCAGAUUGACUCAACAUUCAUCCCUAGGCAAAAUUAAAAAUAAGUUGAACAACUUAUGAUCAGUGCUGUCAAUCUUUUCUCAGACAAGACAAUUGGCAGUCAUCUUUCUAUUUGGGAAAUGGACUGUAACUCCAACAACUUGUUGUUCUCGUUGUCGUAUAGAAAAGUUACUUAAAGGCCCAGUUAAGUAUAUUAAUUUAUCAAGGAGUACUGGACAGCUGAAAGGAGUUGGGAUCCAAACCUUGUGAUUCAGCCCACACCCUCCUUGGAUUGUGAGAAGAAUAAAAGACAACUGGAGUCUCUUUGCCUGAUUGGAAUAGCCAGUGCAUCAUUUGGCAAAGGAUUUUCCCCUUACUUCUUCAUAAAGGAAGUUGUCUGCCUGAUGCUAAGGAAACCCAUCCUGGAUAUAUUGGCUACUAGUUGGCUAAUACCAGUGUCAAACCUCCCAUGCCUGAACAAGCUCAGGGAGAAGCUAAUCCUUGCCAGCUCCAAGAUCGGAUAACUGAAGCUAAUACUCUAGACCUGGCACAAUCUGGAUUCCAGCCAACACAUGAAAGCAAACCACCCGAGUGCCUCUGGUAGGUGGCUACCUCGUGGGUAAAGGACCCGCAUCCAGUCUGCCUUCGGGACCUCUCUGCAGCAUUUGGCACUGCUGACUAUGAGGUACAGCUAUCUCACCUCAGAUAGGUGGCAAAGAUCCAGGAGACUGGGCCAAAAUGGUCUGAGACUGUCCUGAAUUAUACAACCUAAUGAGUAGCGAUGGGGAAACUGCAGCUCUGCCCCUGGUCCCUUGAUCUGUUGAAUCUAACAAAGCAAUUUUUUCUCCAUCCAUUCUCCAUAUUUACAUGUAAGCACUAGGUGAACCAAUUAGGCAACAUGGAUUUAAGGGCUGCCAUUUCACAAAUGAUACCCAGUUUAAUCUUCUGUUUCCCCUCAUAUGCCUACACCACUGCCACCAAGCUGGCCCUGUACCUGAGAAGCACUGGGAUAAUGAACUGUUGGCUGAUGCUGAACUGGAGCAAGACAGAGGUGACAGCAGUGAGUCACGGGCAGCAGUCUGAAGAGUUCCCAGACACGCCUGCAAUCUCCUUCUGGUUGAAGGUGCACACCCACCCACGCUUUGUCCAGAGUUUGAGACAUUUCAGACUUGUGACUGACCCUAAGCUCUCCCAUAAUGGGUUCUGAAAAUGGGUGUUUUCUGUCAUCUCCAGCUGGCUGGGGGAUUCCUCCCCACUUUGGCAGACAAUGGCCUGUUCUUGGUUAUUUAUUUCCUCGCAGGUGGAUGACAGCAUUAGGGUAUUCCUGGACCUGCACCACUUAGGAAGUGCCAAGUACUACAGAGCAUUGUAAUAAUGCACUUCAGCAACACAGGGGCCCACAAGUGCAUCAGACCUAGCCUUUGAUUUCUAGGCUGGCUUCCACAAAACAUCCAGUAAAGGUCAGAGUCUCAGCCCUUAUCUUCAAGGUGUUCUUUCACCUGGGUUGAGAGUAUCUGAAAGACCAUGUAAAUCUCUGGGAUGGUUCUGGCUCAAGGAAACUCUCAGUGAUGAAGGUGAAGUUCACAGUCUCAAAUUGGCUGCAAAGAAAAAGUUCUGUGGAAUGAAUUCCCUUAGAACUAGUGCGCCCUCGAGUCAGGGCGCAAGAUUUCUCUGACCCUACCUCAUUUUUAAGAGGUGAGUGCAACAACAAUAUUUAUCCUCUUCCCUUUAUACCUCCCCCCUCCAACAAUGAAACAAAGAAGAAAAACCAGGGUACUCCAUUGCACAUGCUUGUCCCCCUGAGAGGAGGGUGAGAAAAUAAAUGCAUGACAGAUGGGGAGUCACAUUGCUCAAUGCAUGACUGGAAGGCGUUUGUACACAGCACGAAAACUGACACUUCCAAAUGCAUCCAGACCAUACCUUCAUUCAGCUCCUUAAACGAGGAAGUUUCUAAGUGCAGCUGGUCAAAACUUUGUGAGUGCAAAAAUUGUCUGAUAAAAGUAUUUGUCAUGUUUAGCCUUCUGCAUCUUGAUAAAAAUUAUACUAAAUUUUUUUUGCAUUUUCAUUUUCCCUUUCCUCUUUGCCACUCUCCCAUUUUCAGAGUCUGGGAGAAAGCAGGAAUAAACCAUGAAAACAAAAACUGAAAAAACUUUGACCACUUUUAUUUAAAAAAAAAAAAAAUCAAACAAAAACUGGCCCUUUUUACAAACCUGGGAAAUAAGAUUUCAGAUUUUUUUUGCACAAGUUGGUGUCAAAUUUGGAUGCAGAUGUGUACAAGGAAAGGAAGGGUGUGCAUGCAAGCCUGGUUUGGAGGGGAUGAUUUUCCUUACGAAGCCAUGGAGCUCUGCUUUUCUCCCUGGGGAAAUGAAAGGUCUGAAUCAUCUUAAGAGUCUCCUCACCUCUCUGGUCCCUGCUUUCCCCAGCUGUGUAAAGGUUUUCUGCUUGUAUUUCUCUCAUAGCAGCACAGCAGACGUACUCGGGUAGGCUUUUCAGAGUUGGAGCUUGGCAGAGCUACCCCAAGGUCUGUGUAUAAAUGGGUCAGUCUUCUGAAGGCAGUAGCCUGGGGCCAAAGCCUGUAUUGAGCCCUAGCCUUCCUUUCCCCUCUCUUGGAAAGGGCUGGGUGCCAGCCAAGGCUGCUGGGCUCCUUGACAGGAGAGACGCUGCUGCCAUCUUAGGAGUCACAAUGGCACUGCAGCUGAGCAGCAGCUGGCAAGGGAGGGGUGGGAUAUCUCCCUGCAGGGAUGGCCCCAGGUGAGCACCACUCCUAAUCUGACUCCUUGCAUCUUUCUGGCACAGGCCGAUGUGGGCUGGGCGGCAGCGAGCAGGAGGGUCAGCAGGCAUGCAGGCAGGCUUCCCGAGGUGCAGCUUGGCAAUGCCCCUCUCUGCACGCACUAGGCUCUGCCUCCAGCCCCACAAAGGCCCUGCUCGCGGGCAUGCAGAAGCAGCGUGCUUCUAGGCACUCAGCCACUCUCAAGACAUGCUUUGGUCCCAUUGCUCAGCAGAUGAGAGUCCCCAGCAUGUGCCCCCUACACAUACAGUGCCCCCUGGUUUCAGGCUACAGCACUCCUAAGCUGCAUGCUCUAGUGGUGCUCUCCCAGUGCAGCUCUGACUACCUCCCCCUGACCAGCAGCCUCUUCUGUUUGGGUCCAUAGCCUCCCCGAACUCGCUGCUUGCAAAACAUCCAACCUCUCAUGAGCAAAUUGGUGCCUGGCAAAGGAUAUGUUUUAUGAUGUCCCAACGUAAGAGUAAGUCAGCAGAGAUCCCCACAGAGGUUGGGUCUGGGGCAAACCAGGCUGCGCACCCUGGCUUCCCAAGGGAAAGGGCAAGGACUUGCAAUGGCUUUCCCCUAGCACCAGUAUGGGCAAGAUGGAAGAAAACAUCCCUCCCAUUAGGCAGCAUGAAACUGAAAGUAGAUGAGCAUAAGAGCAAGCAAGGCGUGAAGGCAUGGUGGUGGGCACAGACCCAGGACAAAGCCUGGGGUCCAUUUUCAUACCCCCUGGCAUGGGUCUUCCUCCCACCCACCCCCCUCUGCCUACUCUGCUACGCAGCCUUCUGCGAGCCCGGUGGUGUGGCGUCCCCUGUGCCCAACCCCAGACUCAGGAGACUCUGCGGCAGACGUUGCUGAGCCUCUGACUAACAUCUCAGAAGAGCAAGUGAUUUCAUGCUCUUCUUACCAUACCCCAGCGCUGGCUCCUUUAAAAGAAAGUGUGCCUAUUCUGUUCUGCUUAAUAACUGCACAGUAAUUAGCUUCACAAUUUUGCUACUAUACUUAUAAUAGCCUCCAUUAAAGUUAUGGGGUUUUUAGGCAGUAAUGGCUUACAGAGUAAUUAAUGAGCAAGAGGCUUUUAUUGCUACCUUUAUUUUUAGACUAUGUUUUACAAGCCAUCUCUGCCAAACAGCAAAAUCCCAAGCAAGCGUCUUACAGUGACUUCCCCCACUCUGCCCUCCUCCUCCCACCUCACCCCGAUGUGCAAACCUGGACACGAACUGUCAGAAGCCGUCUGGUCAGACACAAAUCAUCGGCAUUACUUUUUUUCUUGUCCACUGGGCCGAGCAGGGCUAUUUCCAGCUCGGUUCCUGACUUGCCCGGUGCUCUCAGACAAGACUCUUUGAAUCACUGUGUGCCUCAGUUCCCCCAGGGAUAAAACAGGUCUGGUAAUCAUCAAAGCCACUUGUUAGAUAAGACAGGAGAUGGGCCGACGCCUGUAUGAAUGGGGUUUGGUAGCAGGGGUUGUAGCUUGUGUGUGGCCCCAAGCGUACGGUCACACAACGGUCCUGUGAACAGAAGCGGUUUGCUGGCGUGUGCUACUUACCCAGAUCUCUUUUCUCUGAACCAGCGGCAGCAGAAGAAGGCAUACAGAUCCCUACAGUGUCUAGUUAGGGGCUAACCAGCCCACAAGGGAAGUUGCCUUGAGAGCUGGUACCUUAAAAUAUUGUGGCUCCGGCGAGUCGUGUUAUCCAGAUGCCAAUCCAGUACCGCCAAGCCCUCGGCUUCAAUGCAGUGAAUGAUUUAAAUAAUACCCAUGGAAAUGCAAUUAGGAGUUUUUGGUGUAAUGUCCUCUAAACAUUACCCGUUCGGCACGGGCCGGGCCAGCACAACCACAUGGCGGCUGUGCAGAAGACAGAAGGUGAAACUCAUGAUAAACCAGAUUGCAAAUCAAAUCAGUGUCCUUUCAAAAGUGAAGUGGCACAGCUGAUGCCAAUUACCCUUGAUUUAGAAAAAAACAUUCUUUCAGACUCUAAUAAUCCAACAAGUCGCUACAUAACACAAGGAUAAAUUAUUUUCAAUGUGAUUUUUUUUUAUAGCAGGACAGCGUCUUUUCUGCAUGAUAACGUAUUGAUUAGGUGCACCACUGCCCUCUAGUGCAUGGGACCAGAACUACUUUGCUGUGUGUCAUAGACCUUACGCUUCCCCGACACUGAAAAUUAAAUUUGGGCCAAGAAAGGCUUUUCACACGAAAUGCAACUUUAUUAUGUUUGACAUAUUUUGACGAAACAGAAACUUCUUUUGUGUGUUGGAAAUGUGCAUUCCACUUCCAUUUUCGAAAACUGAGAGCUCUUGUUGCUUAAGGUAUGUUUUCCAGGCUGGGGAAGGAACCUGUCUUUCUCUCUCUUUUUUUUACUCAUUUUCUCCCUUUUCUGGUGGAAGAGAAGCCUCACUGAAGCCCCAGCAUUAAAAAUGAAAACUAAACACAUUUUCAUUUUGAACUUUCUCAUUGAAAAAUGAAAAAGCAUUCCAUGGAAAAGAAAUACCAGGAAGAAAUGUAAUUUCCUUUGGGAAUUAAUGCUGUGAUUUUGACUGAAAAAGUAGUGGCGGGCAGGCAUCCUUCAGCUUGAGCACUAGAGGGCACGAGUUUCUGAAUUCUCAUCCCGAUGAUCUCUGUAAAGGUCCACGUGGCCCUGAUACGCAGCAUGAUCCCAUCACCGUGGCUGUGGAUUUGUUGCUCUGCGUACAUCAUAGUUUCUACACAUGCCUGUUGGUGAUGUGGGAGGGCAUCUUUGUUUUAAUGAGAACUGGAGCCAUCGCCUCUCUCCAUUCUCAUGGCUUUAAGGAACGUUGUCCAGAGCUGGUACUCAUGCUGUUUAUGGGAGCCCAAAACGAAUUUGCACAGCAUCCUUCGCUUGGGCUUCUCCUCGUCUUCUGCAAAAUCAGAUUGCUUAAAAAUACUAAUGUUGAGCAACCAUCUGUGCUGUAGAAUGAAUAAUGGGGUGUGUUCCUGCAUGUCGAUGGAAAGUUGGAAACCUGACUGUGCAGAAAUCACAGGCCAACAGCCCAAGGGUAUCUGACCACGACUGUCUUCUGCUGGAAGGAGCAAAGCAUGUCCAACAGCUCCCGGGGACUGGGUUCUUUGAACGUUAAUAAAGGUAUAACUGCCAGAAAAUGAAUUCCUCUAUUCCCAUAACAACCUACUUGACAGAGGGAAGGGAAUGUAGCUGGUUGCUCUACAGGAGCAGUCAAACCCCAGCUUUAGCUAGGCUUGGGAUAUUCAUGCUCUUCUAUGAGUUUGGAUAUCCCAUUGCAGGCUGACCAUUUCUUCACCAUCCUUUGGCCCUGCUGGCCUGCAGCUCUACUCUUCUUAAGACAGGAAUCCCACACCAGGAUUAGGGCCUUGCUGCACCUGGCCACUGGCAGAUACCCAAGAAGAGGCUGCUGGCCCCUGGAAGGUAUAAAGUAAGUGGGGUUGGAUGACAGCGAACAAACAAAGUAGAGCUGAGCGGAGUAUGCUAGUAGAUAACAAUGACAUGAAGAGUGUAGCAGGGAAAUGGGCCUUUCUUUACUUGCGUAACCCAUGCCAGGAGUGACUAGCUGGUGUUGUGGUAGCAGGAGGGAUUCAAGAGGCUACAGCGGUGGUUUCACGAGCCUGGGAGCUUUUCCUGUGGAUGGAAACUAGGCAGGGCAGGGAUGAAGCACUGAGGACACUGAGGAAGGUAGGACAAGUCAGUGUUUAGGGUAAGCAUCGUUGGCUUCUCAGACGGACCCUCGUUUCCAGGGGAGAACAUGCCAUAAGCUCUUGUUCCCAUCCAUGUUAGAAGUAUACCCCUGUGUAGAUGAGGGAGUGUGGCAUACAGGGGAGGACAAACUUGGUCACAGCCAAAGGGCACCAAACGUGGGAUUGACUUCCAAGACAGAGAGAUGAUGAUGAUGGCUCCAGUUCUCAUUAAAACAAAGAUGCCCUCCCACGUCACCAACAGGCAUGUGUAGAAAUUUUGAUGUACACAGAGCAACAAAUCCACCAGAACUGGGCACAUGUGAAGGGAACCAAGGGUGCCAAGAGGCCUGAGGACUUUUGGAGAAGUCAUGUUUCCAUGGCAGAGGGCACUGUCCCCAUUAACUCUCUGCUAGGACAGCAGAUCAUACUCAACAGCUAUCUGUGCAGGGAGUGGGGUGGGCUGUAUUGACUGCUCACAGCUGGAGAAUAGGAGUCAGAUGGUUGGCUGGGGAGCUGUUAAGUGCUCAACAGAAUAUUAAAGGGAAUCAAUGCUGAAUGAAGUGGUGCAGGAAUGAGUGGAGCGUGCUCUUUCUCCCGUGGGGAGGAGACCAGUGCAGUACGCUGCCCAUUGAGAGCCCUGCGGUUCCCAGGAUGUCGGCAAAUUGGCUGUGGAGCACCAAGUGCGGGGAGAGGCAUCUCUAAGGCCAGCGUACUGCACACUGAGCAUCUACCCUGUGUGUGUGCAUCAUGCUCCCUGUGCCAUCCCUCGUGAGCACUAGCUGACUGAAGUGAACUGGCUUUCAGCUGCUCCUUAGCAUGUCUGUUUUCCUAUCUGCUUUGCCUAGAAGCCAGCAGUCACUGUAAGGUUCAUGCACAGAGCAUGGGCUCCCUCCCUUCAGAGCUGCACGGGGAUAGAGCUGAGAUUUCCUUCUGGAGGGGUCCUGUGGAUGUGUUCUGCAGAGGAGAUGCUGUAGCUUUGUGCAGGUGCUGCCCAGUGGCUGGUGAGGAGAGAGGCUGUGAUAUGAGAGCCCUGUGUCCUGUGUCUCCCCAUGUCCACACAUUGAUGGGGAACCACAAGCCAAUGGAGACAAUGCCAACAGUGAUUUGACCUGCUCGGGGGACUCGGUCAGCAUCACACAGCCAGACUCUGGUUGUGCGAGAAUCGGGUUUUUGCUCUGGAGCAGGGUCCAGACUGCUGGGAGGCAGUAGGCAACCCUGGCUCUUGCAUAGGAAACUGGGAAAGGCUUCAGAAGUAAAGGGCAAAGCAGACUGAGGGCUUUCCCUGUAUGAGGUUGAUGCCAUCCAGAGAUCUGACAUCAGAUACCUCUCUGCCUCCAGCCAGGGUCUGCCCACAGUGCUCCUUGUUGCCUGCAAUGCAGCGCCAUGAGCAGACAGCUGACACCUGUGCUCAUGGGAGCAAGCACACUGAACAAUGCUCCAGGCUUGCAAACCACCCACCUUACAGGUGCCUGCUGAGGGAUGCCCACUGCUGGCCAGGGUAAUGCUCAGAUAAGAUACUGCCUGCUUCCAUCUCACCUGCUCUUGCAUUGAAUCAGACUAAGCCAGCGUGGCAGCUCCAUGACCUGCACUCCUGACACCUCAGAGAGGGGAUAACCAUGCAGGGGGAGCAAGCUCUGCAGGAGAGCAGGAGACCGGAGGCCUGAACUGGGUAGCCCCAGUCAGGGUGGGAUGGGAGGGUCUGGGUAACUUAUGCCGUGGUAGUGAGAGUGACACAUGCAGACCAAGCAAUCAGUGGCAUUGCAGCUGUUUUCCCAAUAGUGACUACGCCUUCCAGCGAGGGGGUGGCCUUGGAGUCCUGGCUGAGCCCUCAGCCUGCAAGAGAAACAGGCUACUGGUCAGAAAACAGGACUGGGAGCCAGCUCUUAAGCUCUCGGAUGGUCUCCAUCACUGGUUCCUACGUCAGACAAAUGACACGAUCCUUUUAGUUACUGCUUCCCUCCCGUUGAAUGGGCCCACGCAUCCAAGGAGGGCUGUGAGGCUUCAUUAAUGACUGCAAAGGCUGUGAAAUGGAAAGGGCUAGUGGGUGUCACGAGCUAGUGACUCAUUGCCCUGCCACUCCUGGAAUUCUUCCUUCUCUGCAAGGCUGGGAGCAGUAGGGGCAAGACUGGCCUUUCUACCCCUGGCCAGGCCCUGCUAUGCAGGAGGUUGCUGUCCAGGGCUUCCGUGGGUAGCAACGCAGCAUUAAGAUGCAGAGAGAUGAAAGCUGGAUAUGGCUGUUGGCAGCUCACAGAGGCUGCUGGGCUGCCUGGGGCAUACUUACUGCAGGGAGUGUGGGGAUAGCACAGACAGCGGUGGGGCAGCCCAUGAGCUGGAUGUGCACAUAAGCAUGCACCAGAGCUUGUGCCUGGGGGUGGAGGGGCUCAGAUGCAGAUGUGCUACAUCACUGUCUGGCUGAUGGAACCAGGGACUUUCUGGGGUGCUCUGGGUGAUGGGACAUGAAGGAAGGCAGAGUCCCAGACACCCAGGGUUGCUCUCUUCCAGAGAAUGGAUGCAGCUGGCUGCCCCAUUGGCACCUCCUCCUGAGGAAGGCAUGUUGGCAUGAAGGCAGCUCUCCAUGGAGCAGUUCUUCCCGGUGCUUCUCCCUGCCUAGGCUCCUUUGCUUUACCUUGCAGACUUCCUUCCAAAUGGGUCCCUGAAGCUCCAGCCUGCGGCUCCUGUGACAUCCGGUGUGAGCAUCCCCCGGAGCAACCUCCAGCCCGUGGAGCUGUGGCACCGCCAAACCUGCUUCUGCAAUGGGUAAUGAGGAGCUGUGGGUCCAGUCAGUCUUGGAGAUGCCGAAGAGACGAGACAUCCUGGCUAUCGUGCUGAUAGUUCUGCCCUGGACGCUGCUAAUCACCGUCUGGCACCAGAGCACCAUUGCUCCACUGCUUGCAGUGCACAAGGAUGAUGGUGACUCCCGGCGUGAUUUCGCCCCAGGCUCGGACGCUAAGGAAUACUGCCUGUCCGACCGCGACAUUGUGGAGGUGGUGAGGACAGAGUACGUUUACACCCGCCCUCCCCCCUGGUCAGACACCCUCCCCACCAUCCACGUCAUCACCCCCACCUACAGCCGGCCGGUGCAGAAAGCAGAGCUGACGCGCCUGGCCAACACCCUCCUGCACGUGCCCAACCUGCACUGGAUCCUAGUGGAGGACUCUCAGCGCCGGACCCCCCUCAUCACUCGGCUGCUACGGGACACGGGGCUGAACUACACCCACCUCAACGUGGAGACACCCCGCAACUACAAGCUGCGGGGUGACAUGAGGGAUCCCCGCAUCCCUCGUGGGACCAUGCAGAGGAACCUGGCCCUGCGGUGGUUGCGAGAGACCUUUAACAAAAACAACAGCCAGCCAGGGAUUGUGUACUUUGCUGACGAUGACAACACCUACAGCCUGGAGCUCUUUGAGGAGAUGCGCAUGACCAGGAAGGUGUCAGUGUGGCCGGUGGCCUUUGUGGGUGGCUUGCGCUAUGAGUCGCCCAAGGUGAACGCAGCAGGGAAGGUGUAUGGCUGGAAGACCGUGUUCGACCCCCAUCGCCCCUUUGCCAUCGACAUGGCAGGCUUUGCUGUGAACCUCAGGCUGAUCCUUCAGCGAUCUCAGGCUUACUUCAAACUGCGAGGAGUGAAGGGGGGCUACCAAGAGAGCAGCCUUCUCCGGGAGCUAGUGACUUUGAAUGACCUUGAGCCGAAAGCUGCCAAUUGCACUAAGAUCCUUGUCUGGCACACAAGGACGGAAAAGCCUGUGCUGGUGAACGAGGGGAAGAAAGGCUUCACAGACCCCAACGUGGAAAUCUGACCUUGCACAGAUGAGCGGAGACCAACAGAUUCCUUCUUGCCCAGCCUGCAGGCUCCUCUCAACAGCAGACAGCCAGACGCGGAGCGGACAGGACCACUCUGGCUUCCAAGCGUUUUAAAGUACUGAAAACAAGUUCACCACCACCACACAUGCACAGACCGCUCAGACUCCCUGACUUUGCUCCUGGACUCCAAACAGAACCAGACGCUCUGGAGACAGAGGAAGAAAAAGCACAGAAGCCGUUGUAUUGACGCCAACUUCAGUACAAGGCCCGCAACCUCACGAGGUGCUUGGUUUGGAAGGAGUGCGUGCAGGGCAUGAUACACUGGCGAGGAGGCCCAGCGGCUCCAGGCCCUGGGGCUGGUGUCAUAGGAUGCUCUGGCAUGGACAAGAAAUGCCUUGAAGGAGUGGCUUGGCCCUAAUGACUGUCUCCCGACACACACACAUGUUGUGGCUAGGUGCACGGCAACCUGGAGCAGCUCUCUGGUUGUGGCAGAGACAGUUGCCCUCUCAGCUGGCACCCUAUCCCUUAAUUUUGAACUUACUUUAUUCAGUAUUUAUUACGCUGCACAAGAUGGUAGGGUUUGGGGAAGGUGAAAAACAAAGCAGGUAAGAACCAGCCAACAAGUAUCUCUGCUCUCUUCCCAGCCGCUCCCCACCCCCUUCCCCAUCCCCAUCAGCUCCAGGGCUCGGAGGGCAGUCUGACAGCUCUGACAUACCUCUGUGUACUUGUAUGGAUUUAUGUUUACAGAACAUGCUCCUGUACCCCUGCCCCCUCGCGCGGUACUCACUGGAGGUGGGUCCCGGUUGGACCUUUGCAGCCAAAUCCCUUAAAGCUCCAUGCAAGUUUAGAGCUUGGCUCUGAAUCUUUUAGCUCGGGCCUCUCUCUAGUGCUAACCCGACUGGCAGAGCUUUAGGUAUUGGGCUCUCUGAAGUGUGCACCUACCUCAAGACAGGUUACUUUAACAAUCCCCCAGCUGGUCCACCACAGUACUGGAGGGGACCACUCCAGUAUUUCACCAAAUGCUGCUGCUGCAGUCUCCAUACUGGAAAUGAGGUCAAUUGUAGGAGGUAAAUAACAAAUCUCUCAGUAAUGAGCUAACUUCCAUCUCUCGAUCCCUCAACUGCUGUAGUGUUUUUAAAUACUCAGCCCAAUACAGGGCCUCCAACUGAGGAAAACCAGUGGUGCAAUAAAGUAACACUGAAAGACUGCUGGGGCAACCCAAGAAUGAAUUGCAGUUGCUCCUAAUCCUGUGUCCUAAUCAGGUAGGCCACAAGCUGCAGCUCUCCCCGUGCUGCUGGCUCCAGGGGAUGGAGGGAAUGGAGAGGGAAAAUAGAAGAGAAAAAAUCCCAAGCCACUUGGAGCCUCUGCAGCUACCACAAAGUGAGAGUCCUUCUGAGAGAGGAAGUGGGGGGUCAGCUGCUCUGUCAAAGACGAGAGACAGCAGCAGCCUGGGCCCUUGCACCUUAGGAUCCUGGGAAAGCUGGGCUGGAUGGGACCUCAUGAGGUCAGCUGCUCAAGGCAGGAUCAUCACUUAGGUCAGGGAUGGCCAACCAGCAGCAUAUGCGUCACAAGUGGCAUGGGCAGUUUGCAUGUGUGGCAGGAGAGGAGAGGACAGGCACAUGGGGAAGGGAGCAGAAAGCAGAGCAGGCAGGGGAAGGGGCACUUGGAGAGGGUGCAGGGCUAAUCUGUGGCAUGCCUGACCAAAACCCAUUGGCUUAGGUGAUGCUGGGUGAGAAGCAAAAGGAAGAGUUUACCAAAUUUCCCCAUCUCCAGCUACUUUUCCAACCUCUUCCCAGGCCUGAUGUUUACAUCUGGCCAGGUGUGGAGCAUUACUGUCCCAAUUCUUCUGAAAAAAGUCUGAAGCACAAUUUUACCUGUGUUAAGGGAUAAAUAUAAUCCUGUAAAGAGACUCAGUUAUUUUUUUAACCCAUAACAUCUUAUAUAAUACUACAAAGACUAUUUCUUUCAGAGUAUUAGCUUCGCAUCCCUCUUUGGACUAAUGACAUUGUGUAUUUCCUAAUAUUUAAAACAAAAAAAGAAUUUUUUUUUUUAAGUUUUAUUCCCUCCCCCCACAUUAGAAAAUAGUUCUAUCCUUUAGCACCCAAUCAUGGAAGACUUGCUACAGCUUCUAUGAAAAUGCCCCUUUGGCCAGAGUCCAAACUGGUUAGCAAGAAUUUGAUGGCACUGGUCUCCCUUUGCAUUUUGGGAAAAGCCCUUCAUAGACUCUGUUAAACAGCAGCUUUCUGUUCAACCAGUUAUUGUCCAAAACUUCCAGUGGCAUUGCACAGUCUGCAUAUCUUAGAGGGGAAAUAGAAGGCAUUUUCCAAGGGGGUACAAAGUUUUCAUUCUAUUCAAGUGGUUUUCAACCAAUGUCCUCUUCUCACUGCAUGUCUGUUUACUUACAAUAAUGAUAAACCCUGUUGGAUUGCAGCCUUCCAUCCUCUGAAAGGAAUAAUUCCCCAAGAAACAUGCAGGACCUCAUCCUAAACAAAACCCUGUGAAAAUGCUCCACUCUCCUCGGAAAGUUGGCCUCAGGAGCCCAGCCCUUUCUAGCUGGCCUGGUAGUUACCGUGGGCUUGGAGCUGCUGAGGGCAGAGGUACAAAUGCUGUGGCAAGACAGGCUCUGAUGGGGAUGGGUGCAUUACAGCUGCACUGUCUGUCCUCAAUUUUAACUAAAUUGUAUUUAAAUUUGUUAAAUAAACUUAAGUAUGGUUUUUAACAGCCAGAA